AUGCCUCCCAAAAAGCUGGUACCGGCGAAAAAGAGAAAGCGGCCUGAGCCCGAAACAGCCUCGAAGGAGGAUGAAACGCCCUUCAUGAGAGAGAUCAUCCCAGAUGGCGACGUCAUCCUCAUCGUUGGCCCUGAGAAGUCCAAGAUACAGGUCUCUUCCCAUCUCCUUCGCACCACCUCACCUGUGUUCAACGUCAUGCUCGGCCCCAACUUCAAAGAAGGAGCCGCCCUUCGAGAAAAUGAGGGCCCGACCGAGAUUGUCCUCCCGGAAGACAACGCCAAAGCCCUAUGGAACGUCUACAGCACUCUCUACGGAGCCAAUCCUCACGUGAACAAGCUCAAGCCGGACGAAAUCUACGAUGUAGCCGUCCUAGCCCAGAAGUAUGACCUGAUCGAUCGACUUGAGCUCGCCUGCGAAUCGUGGUUUGCACACACCGGUGCCAUUACCUAUGGCUCAACCAAGAAAGACUGGAAGAUGCUAUUGGCGGCGUACUGGCUCCGCAGUGAACUUGGGUUCAAAAACACCAGCAUUAUGCUUAUUGAAGCAGACCAAGAGCCUCUCUACAGAUUUGGGAUGGGAACAUCAGACCAGGUCCUCGGGCUGAGGCUCUGCCUGGCUAUCUACGAGCUUAGAGUCGCUGGAUUCGAGGACUUUGGACUUUGUCUGAGUUGCUUUGAGUCCCCGGAGACGGAAGAAUUCUCAGAGGGGAAUCCCAAAUGCACGUCUAAGUACAGAGAAUCCGUUUUACCUUGA